AACUGAGCAUAUUUAUUAUUGUUGUAUAUUGUGUACAUACUUAAACUAUUUUAUGACAUUUCUCAUUUUAUUUUAUAAGUUCAUGCUGAUGAAAUGUCCGAAUAGGGUUAAUGUCGGGGGCACAACGUUUGACAUUUUCCUUGCUAAUGUAAACACUUACAUGUCCUUGUUUAAACUGCAGAAGCCGUUGUGCUAAUGUUUGUCCUCCUUAUUUCUUUAUACUGUGUUUGUUUUAAUCAUAUUUUAUAAUAUACUCUAUUUUUGUAUAGUGUUCACUGUCAUGCUUUUCCUAGUAGUCUGCUACAGAAAUGUACCUGCUUAUGUGGAAAAUGUAACCUCUUUACAGCUGUUAAUGCAUUCAUCCAAAGCGUCUUUAUUCUUACCUCUCCCCCCGAUGUUGUAAUUACAACGAAAGUAUUUUUAAAGCAUUAUUUCUGUAACGAGUGAAUGCAUCUCCAGUAUUUUUGUAUUAUGUAACUCCCAGACAAAGCUUCUCUGUCUUUUUCUCAGACAUUAUUGUCACUGUUUCAUAAAUGAUGAUUGAAACUGAACUGAUGCCAUUUUGAACACAGUUUGAACAGUUUUAAGUCUGUAAACACUUUCAACAACUGUCAGCAAUUUACAAUACUGAACAAUUUAUUUUUAUCUAAAGCAACGUUUUUUUGUGUUUUUUUUAUUAUGGCGAGAAUAAAUUCUAAAUCCCACUGAAAGAAACUGAGUGCCUUCACUUGUUCACAAGUGUUAAUGUUGCGCUUAAAUAUUUGAUAUGAUAUAUUUUUCGAUUUGCCUUUACAGUCACUCCUACUUCUCGCGAGAGUUUGCGAUUACGUUUGCGGAAGUUUACAUUCCGUUUGGAAAAACGUGUUGCCCGUGGAUGCUGCGAGUAGAGCCUCCUCGAUUCUUGCAGCGUCGCAGCGCUUCACAAUGUUUUCCGUUUUAAUUGACGCGGUCUUGUCCAGCUCUCCUGACUACGACAUUUUGUUUGAGUCGCUGACCUGGCCGAGUGACUCAUGGCCGGGGACGGAGCGAGUGGAGGCGCUGACAGCUUUCAUUGAAGGACUCGGACCCAUUCUGUCCGAGUCGGACACUACACCGCUUUCAGCAGCGAAAAGAAGAUCUAUUGUCGAUAAAAUCAACUCUGUGGUUUGGAACCAGUGUCUCCCUCUUCUCUCCAAGGUGUCAACGAGAGCCGGCGAAGGCAUGCGAUGCAGGGAGACUACCGCUGCCGCCUGCAGACUCGUGAGUGUCUGUGUCCCGCUGUGUGACGAGGCCGUGUCGGGGCGAGUGGCUCUGUCGGUCCUACGGUCGCUCCAACAGUCGGAGGAGGAAAUGCCCGGUCCAGGUCGACUCGGUGUGGAGGUUGCCAGUGAAGUCAUGGCCGCUCUCGUGCCUUCUCUGUCCGCGGACGAACAGCUCACGCUCACCACCUUGUCAUAUGCCUUGUCCUGCAUCAAAACGCUCCCAGAUUCGCUGGUCUCUAAAAUCACAGUCAGGCUUCUCUUAACUGUCCUGAAAUGCUGCAGCGGUGCGAGGUUAACGAGCGUCCUCAAGCUGAUCCUGGAGGACAUGUGCCGCUGGCACUCCACUGACCGCACACCUGUGGUCACGGAGCGGACACUGCUGUGUUUGACCGCCCUGUCGGACCACCUGCUGAAGCCUCGCAGCCUUCCCUCGUCCUGUGACCUCGACCCUCGUCUGUGCGUCCAGUUCUGGAGGAUGGUUCAAGAUGGACUGACUCACAGGGACUGCGUGUCACGAAAGAGGGCGUUGUACCUGUUAAAAAUGUGCGUGUCCCUGUCAGAGCAGGAGGGGUUUGACUGCCCUCUCUCUCCAUCAGAGGAAGAUAUCUUGUUCAAAUGGGCCCCUAGCAGGAGUAUGUUGCUGAGAGAGUUCUGGGAGGACUACGCACUGGUGAUGGAGACCCUCGAGGAAAACCAGAUUCAUGUCGUCCGGCCAGUUCUUAACAGAAUAGACACGUUGAUCCAAACAACAGUAAAUGAUAGUCAAGCUUCAGGUCAAGUCUUCUUCCACCCCUCCUGGCUGCUGUGUGUGUACCAGCGGAUGUUCCACAGUGAGAAUAAAUCCCUGAUGAGAGAGGGAGUGUGUCAUCUACUCGAGCUGCAGGCCCUCCAGCAGCCAGCCUUUGCUUUGUCCUUUUCUCAGUUCAUCGUUGGCCCUUUUAUGGAUGUUCUGUCUGAACGGUCACUCUUUCACAAGUCAGUUGGGCAGAGUGUAGGAGAGUGCCCUGAGCUUGGGGCGAAACUGCAAGUCUUCAUGACCACCUUUUUUACCAGUUUACCGUCAGAGCAUAGAGGCCGCAUGUUGCUGCAGAUGAUUCAGCAGCUGUGCAGCAAGCACUGGUGUGCAGCACCCCUCCUCUUCCUCUCCCAGGCUCUAUCCAAACUGCCUCCAGGUCCACUGCUGGGGAUCGAGGGGCUCACUGCUCUUAGGGAGGUGCUGCGCUGCACCAUGGUCACCCAUCAGGUCCUGUUGAGAGGCGCCGCUCAGUGCUUCUUGCUGAAUAGCGCUCUCUGUCUCACGAAAGUGAGCGCAGUGACCUUUGAUGAUGUUUUUAGUUUCCUGGUGCAUUUCCGUGCAGACGAGUCACUUUCUAGAAGGACGCAGAUUUGGAAUCAGUUGUGUGCCUGGCUGUCGGACAAUGAGGGCAGUUUCAAACCCAGGAUUAUGGAUGGAGAUUGCACAAAGAAAGAAACUGUAAGAGGAUAUGUUCAAAGCGAGAUGCUCACUUAUCUCCGAGUCCCAGCUAGCUUGGGUCUCAGCGAGAGGCUGCCCGACUCCAGAGAAGCUGAUAAGUUGGCCAGGGCCGUACUUCUGUGUGUGGACAUGGAACGGAACCAUAACAAAGCAAAGAUCGGCACCACUCUGGAGUCACUGCUGUCUCCCCUGCUGGACACCUUGAGCAGAGUCGGCACCAAUCUCUACCUGCCUCUGCGUAAGAGUGACAAGAGCCUGCAGCUCGUGCUUCAACUGUUUCAGCUUGGAGGAACACCGAGCUGUGAGCGUGUCGGAGAGGAGCAAGUGGACAACGUGAUGGUUGCCAUGGAGAGGCUAAUUUUUAAACUUGUCGAUCCAAUCCAGGAGUUCAUCUUGAGGCGGCUGCUUGGGGAACUGCAGGAGCUGUUUGAUGUGGCGCGUGCAGAACUGUAUCUGUGUGUCCUGAGGCAGAUUGUGAUCCUGUACCGUUCUACACCACAGCACCACAGUCAAAUCCAGGAGACCUAUUUCCCUAAACUCAUCAAGUACAGCAUCAAGGUUCUGCAAGAACCAAACCAGCAGACCCACUCUGUGGCAAACCAGGUGGCUAGAGCGGUCGCUAUGGCGUCCCUGGCUACGGUAUGUGGUCUCGUGGAUUCGGAAGUGAUUGACAUGCAAUCGGAGACCAUUUCUGCUUUGAAAUCACUGAAUGACUACUUCUACAAUCUAGUGUCAUCCUCCUGCCAAAGUCUGGGGAACUUAAAUAAACGACUGCAAAAACCGCAGACAGGAGACGGUUCAAGUGAUGCCGGAGAGCAGGGUCUCCUGCUGCAGGACUGGGGACGCAUAGCCGCCAAUUUUAUGCGGGACCAGUGGAUCUGUCUGAGCUUCCUGAUGAAAGCUUUUGGGAUUCCUGAGUCCGUAGAGAUUUCCAAUGACUCCGAGACUCUCAAGGCUGCUCUGAGCUGCGGUGUGGAGGCCCUGGCUCUGCUGCCCAGUGACCUGGUUCUUCCUGUACUCACCUUCAUAGAGACAGUGCUGCCACACUUACUACUUCAUGACGAGCCCAUGUGUGUGGAAGCUGUGACUCUGAGCUGGGAGCUGGUGCAGGGACUGAGCACGAACGCCCAUGACUUCUGGCCGGCCCUUAAAGGCUUCAUCUCCAUGGCCUUCCACCGUAAACUGCUUGAGCUGACGGACACUUCUGCUCCGACGCUUCUGGCCGCCUUGAAACAGAUUGCCACUGAGUUGAUGGAGCUGUCUCAGUCGAAGAGCGGAGUGUUCGGUGUGCUGCUUCAACACUGCUGUCAGACAUGGCUGCCCACAGACCAAGACAGCGACAACACUGUGUUUUCUAGUGUUUUCAGCCACAUCAACAUACUUACAGAGGCAUGUGUCUAUGGACCAGUGUUCAGGAGAGAUCAACGGCUCAUCCAGGAUGUCCAAACAUAUGUGGAGCGACUCGGUGAAGAGUGUGCUGCCAAUGUUGCAGUUACGAGUGAUAACAGGGACGACCAGUUGCCCCGCACUUGUGUCCUCGCUUUCCUCAGCCACCUGGAGUCCUCUAAUCUGCAGCAUGAAAGACUGAUGGAGGAACUCAUUAUGGAUUUGUUAAAAACGGAUAAUGACAUAUCAAAGUCAAAAGUGCGUUACUAUAGCAACUCCCUGCAACAUCGUGUCAAAAACAGAGUAUGGCAAACACUGCUGCUGUUGCUGCCCAAACUCAGAGUGGAGUUUGUUGCUACUGUGCUAAACUGUGUGUUUGAAGCUGGAUUCUGCAGCAACCAUGCCUCAGUCAAAUACCAGAUCGAGUGGAUGAUGAUUUUGAUCCUCGUCCACUAUCCACAUCACAUUGACAGCUUUUGGGCCUGCUUCAACAGGGAUCAUGACAAGACCAAGACAAGCAUCUGCACCUUCUUGUCAGUCCUGGUACAUUUCAAUGUCAUCAUCCCUCACCUUCAGGACAAGGAUGUGCAUCUGCGUAAAGCACUGGACAUCAUCCUGCAGUGGUGUUUCAACCAUAACUUCAGUGUGCGUCUGUAUGCCUUACUGGCCCUAAAGAGGGUGUGGAGCCUGGCCGGGGUCCAGGCAGAGGAAGGGGCUGGUGGGUUGGGGGGGCUGUCCGUUGUGAUCGAGGCCUGUCUGAACCAGGCCGAGGCCAUGCAGAGCACCGGAAAUGCCAACAAGAACUGGACAAGGAUUCAGGAGCACUUCUUCUUUGGUGCCUUUCAUCCUGUCAGGGAUUACAGUGUCGAGACCAUAUUCUAUACGUUCCCCAGUCUGUCAGAGAUGGCUGAUGAUGAGUGGAUUCCACCCUGGAAGUUUGAGAAAGUGUUAUGUUUCUCUGAAAGUCCAUCGUUUCCUUUGAGAAAUCCUGCUCCUGACCUGAGCCAGCUACAGCCUGGAGACUGGAUCCAGCAAGACAAAGGCGAGCAGAAUAAGGAGGAACGCUGGGCCGAGGUGCAAAAGAAGAUCACUCCCUGGAGGUUGGGGAUCCAGGAGCAGGAGCCUGAACUUCAGCUGAUUCCCCAACAGAGGGCUGCUCGACUGGGCAAACUGCAUGGUGCCCUGCUGGUGGUAGCCUCCCUUAUCGAUAAGCCCACCAAUCUAGGAGGUCUGUGCAGGACUUGUGAGAUCUUUGGGGCUAGCGCUCUGGUUCUGGAUAGCCUCCGCCACGUCAGUGACAAACACUUUCAAUCCCUGAGUGUCUCGUCUGAGCUGUGGCUUCCUCUAUUAGAGGUGAAGCCAAUGGAGCUCACAGACUUCCUGCAGGUGAAGAAGAGUGAAGGGUACUGUAUUGUUGGAGUGGAGCAGACGGCCAACAGUCAGAGCCUCCAGGACUACCAGUUCCCCGAGAAGACCCUGUUACUUCUGGGCAAUGAACGGGAAGGCAUUCCUGCCAAUUUACUUCAAAUGUUUGAUGUGUGUGUGGAGAUCCCUCAACAAGGGGUCACCCGCUCACUCAACGUGCAUGUGAGCGCUGCCCUGCUGAUUUGGGAAUAUACACGGCAACAUCUCACCUCUGGCUCAGCUGAAGUCAACUCCAAAACCUGAAAACUGAAGAGGAAACCAGCAGCGCGGUGCCAUGGACAUGCCAUUCGAACUGUUUGCCCUACUUGCUCUUCUCUGGCAGCAAGACUGAAAGGACUCAAAGGAUUGCCGUGUGUUGUCUGGUUUUGAUGUGGUCAGCAGUCAUCAGUGCUGCUCUUGUGCCUUUUAAUGAGUCAUGAAUAGAGAUCGGCUCUGGUUAUUACAUCUAAAUAUUAUACUGGGCUUUCUGUUAUAUUAAUGCAGGCAAUCUCUUGCAGGCAUUAAUGAACAUUUUUAAUUUUAAAGGGGAAGUGCCUUGUUUAUAUGAGCAAUUAGUUUAUUCCUCGUGGCACCAUGACUGGACUGUAAUGUCCACACCCAGGAAACUAUUAUACAUAAUGUAUAACGGCUACUUUUGUGUUCUCAUUGCCGUUUGGGAUUUUAAAUAAUUAUUUGUUGAUAUGGUUGAAUAAAUAAAACGUCGACAUUUUUAUCCAUUCAAUGUA